CCUGGACCAAAUGCUUGGAAUAUCCAGGUAGCAGCAUCAUCAUGUUUUUCAUUAAAGAGCUAACACACACAAUCCUGUUACAUCCGUCUUACUUCGGGCCUCGCAUGCUACAGUUCCUUGAGACGAAACUAUACGCAGACGUUGAAGGAACAUGUUCGGGCCAAUUUGGGUAUAUUAUCGCUGUCGUCAGUGUAUUAGACAUUGGGAAGGGUAUGGUGCUUCCUGGUAGUGGGCAAGCCGAAUUUGUGACGCGCUACCGUGCAAUUGUGUUCAAGCCGUUUAAAGGAGAGGUUGUGGAUGGCGUAGUAAAUAACGUUAACAAGAUGGGGUUCUUCGCAGAAGUUGGACCAUUGACGGUUUUCGUCUCGCAUCAACUAAUACACCCUGACAUGAAAUUUGAUCCCAACUCAAAUCCGCCAUCCUUUGCAUCAGACGAACAGAUCAUCGAGAAAAAUACGAAGGUGCGAUUAAAGAUCGUUGGUACGCGAGUUGACGCGACAGAAAUUUUUGCUAUUGGUACCAUCAAGGAAGACCACUUGGGAGUUAUAGAAUAGCGCUUUCUUAUAUACAUGUACUCUACUUGAUGUGAGACCUCUCAUUUGUUCCGCUUCUGAUCUCUGCCCUGUACUCAAUAGACAAUUAUUACUUCCCGUAUAUC